GUCAGUUAGAGCCGCUCACUCUUACCGGAAGGAUGCAGACCGGUGAGAAGAGGAGAGAUUCCACCACACUCGAACAAGGAGCCCGCCGCACGUGCCGACACAUGCAAAUGGACAGACAGAUUCAGCGGGAGCCACUCCUGAAGGGGCAGCGGUGGUAUUUGUGAGGUGGACUUGAAAGACCUGGACGUCUCUUUGCCCUCUGCUUCUCUCCGAGUCGCCGGACUGUCGCGGUUAACGAGCGGAGCAGCGGAAAGGAAGAGUGAGCGGAGUUUUCUCCUCCUGAUGGGAUCAGCAUGAGCGGCAUCACGGAUGGAUUUAUGGCAUUUUCUUGAACAUUCUUUCUAUCAUCGUGGACGAGUUGCUCAGCAGAUGUGUCCUGUCAUGUCCUGGCUGCUCUUCCUGUGCCUCUGGGUCAGCGUGACGGCCAUUCAGCUGUGUCAGGCCACUUUCUACGACACCGUCCAGCAGCACCGCGGGACGAGGCCCGGGCGCACCACCGUCCACAUGAUCGAGGGGGGCACGUGCGAAGUCAUUGCUGCUCACAGAUGCUGUAAUAAGAAUCGCAUCGAGGAGCGCUCACAAACAGUCAAGUGUUCUUGCCUCCCGGGGAAGGUGGCUGGAACCACCAGAAACAGACCUUCAUGUGUUGAUGCAUCCAUCGUAAUUGGGAAGUGGUGGUGUGAGAUGGAGCCUUGCCUGGAGGGAGAAGAAUGCAAGACGCUCCCUGACAACUCAGGCUGGAUGUGCUAUGCAGGCAACAAGAUCAAAACCACGAGGAACACUCAGCCAUACGCAACGUCAUCUACAUACUGAAGCUUUGCAAGGGGCUUGCGAUUGAACAUCGUUGGUGCAAAGGUUGAAGUGCAGCACCAUCGAAGGACCAAGCAGCAAGCAUCCAGCAAACUUUCUGUUGCUUUCAGACAUGAAAACUUCUCAGAUUCCAGUGUAAAAAGUUGUAGAAUACAUCAUGCAGAUCCCGCUCAAGGCUGCUGACUCUACGGAUGCUCUGGGCUGCCUGCGGGAUCGUCAUCAUCAUCAACAUCGUCUUCAUAAGCUUGUUACAAAUAUAAUUUCAUCACUUUUUCAAAACUUUGAGAUGGGACGUCAAAUCGGGAGAUCGUCUCGAGUUCUUCCUGAGACAUCAGUCGACAGGCGUCUACUACGAACCCCGGGGCCAGAGAGGAGACGGUAAAUGAGUUGACAGCCCUCGGGGUUUUCUUUUUUAAAACACUGUGUGAGGAAAAAAAAAAAAAUUGUACAUAAACUUUUUGUCUUUUAUCGUGUACGAGAGUUAUAUUUCUGGUGGAGCCCUGAAUCCAGCUAAAAGUGUGAAGCGCUUAAAAGAAAUAAUUGAAUCGAUGUAUUCCGAGUUAAAGCUGUGUGUCUUGAUGCUGUACAGUUGAACAUUUGUUACUGCGGUCCCUGUACGCCUUUGACCGACUUGGUCACGUGUCAGAGAUCUUGAUCUUGCCAAAGGCGUGGUACCAGUAGGUUGUUUUCGAGACUUGAAAUGCCUUAUUUGUGUCAAAUCAUUCAAACGAUGAUAUUGUACAUAUGAAGCCAUAUGUUGAUUUGUGAUGAAUUGUCAUUAAAGUCAUUGUUCCUGUAAGAUGAA